AUGGAUAUGAUGCCUCUUGAUCUUCCAACACUCUUCCCUCUCCUUUUAGCCCUUUUAGCGACGGCUUUACUCCUUCUCCGUCGCCAAAAACACCCCAAGAAUGGUUGUUGUAAUGUCCCUAAAGGCACCAUGGGAUGGCCCUUCAUUGGAGAGACUCUCGAGUUCCUCAGCCCCCAUAGAUCCAACUCCAUUGGCACCUUCCUACAACAACGUUGCUCAAGAUAUGGCAAAGUUUUUAAGUCACAUUUGUUCGGGUCGCCAGCUAUAGUGUCGUGUGACAGCGAGUUCAACAUGUUCAUCCUUCAGAAUGAGGGAAAGCUAUUCCAGGCCAGCUACCCUAAGGCCAUGCAAGGGAUUCUCGGGCAGUACUCGUUGCUGAUCGUCUCCGGGGAGCAUCACAGGAAGCUUAGGGGGAUCGCAGUGAGCUUCAGCGCGAUGUCCAAAUCUUCACCUGUGUUUCACUCUCGUAUUGAGAAGCUCGCAUUCUCAAUGUUGGAGUCGUGGAGAGGGCGCAGAGAGAUUGCCUUUCUCGAAGAGAUGAAAAAGUUCACUUUGAGUUUGAUGGUGAAAACCGUUUUGAGCAUCGACCCGGAAGAACCAGUGGCCAUGAGGUUUUUGCAAGAUUUUAGAACUUACAUGAAAGGCUUCAUAUCAUUGCCACUAAACGUUCCAGGAUCUGCUUAUGCCAAAGCUGUCAAGGCGAGGGCAAGGCUUUCGAGGACGGUCAAGGAGAUAAUAAAGCAAAGGGAAAUGACGACUACUACUCCGGCGCCGGCAAGAACCUGCAGUAACGACGGCAACUGUGGUGAUGGAAUUACGACGACCUCGUCGGGAGAGGAAAAUGGGGACUUCCUGGAGGUGAUAUUGUCGAAGCACAGCAGCAUAAGGCAAAUGAACGAUGACGAGAAAGUGAGCAGCGUUUUGGACAUUGUGUUGGGUGGCUACGAGACCACUUCCACCCUCAUUUCCCUCAUCGUCUACUUCCUCCACCGUUCACCCGCCGCGCUCCUAGCUUUCAAGGAAGAACAUGAAGCUAUAAGGAGGAACAAAGGCAAAGGGCAGCCCUUGGGGUGGGAGGAUUACCAGAAAAUGGACUUCACCCGCAAUGUGACAAAAGAAGCUGUGAGAUGUGGGAAUUUGGUCAAAUUUUUACACCGCAAGGCACUCCAAGACGUGGAAUUCAAAGGGCAUUUGAUUCCUCGUGGAUGGAAGGUGCUUCCUGUAUUAGCAGGGCCAAAUCUCGACCCGUCUCUUCACCAUGACCACCUUCAGUUUAAUCCUUGGAGAUGGACGGAGGACAAAGAAAUAGGGAAGAAGACUAUGGGGUACGGUGGUGGACCAAGGGUGUGUCCAGGAUCCGACCUAGCUAAAGUCAUGGUUGCCUUCUUCCUUCAUCAUCUUGUCCUCACCUAUAGUUCGUUAGUCGUCAGAAUGUCGAGUUCGUCGAUUGUGGAGGCGCCGCCGAAGGGUGGGUUCAGUUUCGAUCUCUGCAAGAGGAAUGAAAUGCUCUCCGGGAAGGGCGUCAAGCAUCCGAAUUACAGGAAGACGGGAACCACCAUUGUCGGCUUGAUUUUCCAGGAUGGUGUCAUUCUUGGAGCAGAUACUAGAGCUACUUCUGGACCCAUCGUCUGUGAUAAGAAUUGUGAGAAGAUUCAUUUUAUGGCGCCUAACAUUUACUGCUGUGGAGCAGGAACUGCUGCCGAUACUGAGUCGGUGACAGACAUGGUGAGUUCGCAGCUGCAGUUGCAUCGUUACCAUACUGGCCGAGAGUCGAGGGUUAUUACAGCACUUACUCUCCUGAAGAAGCAUCUUUUCAAUUACCAAGGUCACAUCUCUGCUGCUUUGGUGCUUGGUGGUGUUGAUUGCACUGGGCCUCAUCUACACACGAUAUAUCCCCAUGGAUCAACAGACACUUUGCCUUUUGCCACAAUGGGUUCUGGUUCUCUUGCUGCAAUGGCUGUGUUCGAGUCGAAGUACAAGGAAGGCCUGAAUAAGGAGGAAGGAAUAAAGCUUGUGACUGAGGCCAUAUGUUCUGAGGUCCUCUCAACGAAGAUUACCCCACUGAAGGAGUUAGCUCAAGUGGUUGAGGCUGGUGAUGCUAUGGAAGAGUGAAGGACAGAAUGACAGAGCUUUGUUUGGAGAUCACUGUACUUUUACCGAUUAGUUUCGAGAACUUGAGGACCCAAUGUG